AUGGAGGUAAUUGAAGAUGGAAAUAUUAUGGAUAGGAUUCCUAUUCUACUACAAAGGGAUCUAGAAUAUUAUCAGAAGAAUCAAACAGUUCUCUCAGAGAAAAUUUGCCGAGGAGUUGUUGGAGGCAGAUUAGAUUUUCCUAGAAGUGCUUCAUUUGCAGCUGUCAAAAUUGUACUUUGGUUGGAGGAAGAGUUUUCGAUAGCAUUUCAGCAUGGCUCGGGCAUGCUUGUAACUCUUGAAGAAGAAGACUUAGAGGGUGGUGUUGCUAAAACAUCAGAUCCCGAUAAAUUUGCUCAGCUUGCUACUAAAUCUAGUGAUUCUUUAUUGGAACAUUUACACGUUCUCGCUCAAGAGGCUUUGGACCACGCUGACUUGCCAGUACUAACAGCGACAUUAGGAGCGUCCGCUUUAUUGAAAAACAGCUUAUAUUGCUAUGUCCAACAUGUCGAAGAUUCUGGCAACACUGAAAGACAUUCUAUACUGCAGGCAGCCUACAAACGUUAUUCAACAAUGUCUGAGGCUGUCGGAGAGAGAGUGUUAGAUCUACACAAUAGAGUGCUAUCUCUAUACAUAUUGCAAGACUCAGGCGGUAGACCAAUAGACGAUGAGAGUAAUACUGUCAAUGAGUGUGGCACUCCGUCUGUGCAGGGAUGGUGGCUUUAUAUGAAUGGUAGUAAGAAAGAUUUAUGGGACACAGCGCCCCCUAGAAUGGCCCAAAGAAUUUUUGCCGGGAUGUUGAAUGAAACUUUAACAAUACUUACUGUUAGAUAUUGCCAGACAAACACAACAAACACAACAACACCACUCCUCAUAAACGAUAUACUGAAUAUUUUACUCUGUGUAUCACAACUUUUACCGUCAAUAUGCUCUAACGGUUCGGAUUUGGCCGGUUUGGAGACAAGCAAGCAGUCCCGCGACGUGAGGGAUGUUCACGCAAAAUGCAAUGAACUGUUCAAAUGUAUGGUCUAUAGAGGUGCUGAAGUGCAUUUUUUACAUCAGGCAUUUACAGAUAAGGAAGAAACAAAGUCCACAAAAGAUACACCGUUCCCGUGGUUCACAUUUAUAAACCCAAAUCUAUUUGAUGGCAUAGAAGAUAAAAACGCUAAGAAUACUCAAGAAUUAUCAACUAAAACCGCUUUGGGCUUAGAAUUGAGGGUGUUAUUAGCACAACCCCAACCCUCAUGGGCUUUAAUUGUUAAGGUGCUAAUGAUGCGAGACUGCCACCUCUCCCGCCUGCUCGCCUUGCACGCGGCGCGCCACAUGUCCGCGGAGCACGCGCGCUGGCCCGCCGCCGGCCUGUGGUACGGCGGGGGCGGCGCCGGGAGGAAGUGCGAUGGUUUUUUGUGCACUGUGGAUGGAUUUUGUAAAUUCAAAGGGGAUAUUGAUGCCGGAGAGGAAUACGCUCGUGCAGUUGGCGCCUUGUCCUAUAUUUUAGCAACGAUUGGCAGUAAAUCUGAACUGAAAUCAACACUUUGUUAUGCUUUGGAGUUAUCGGGGAGGGAUUGGUCCGCUUGUUUGGAUAAACGUCAGGUAUGGUGCGAUCGAAGGCCACCAUGGCUAGCCGGAAUAUUAGCGGUAGUAGGCACUUCCUUACAAUUCGUCCCGCCCAUACUAGUUAAUGCUAUACAAACUGGCGCUUCAAUGUAUCAGACGAUGUCGCUCUGUUUGUCCUGUAUAUCCCGAACGUUAGAUUGCAUUCCUCGUUGCUUUAAAAAUGCGGCCGCCAUACUUGAAUCGACGUUACCAUCACAAAUAAACCCUGUCGGAGGGUCGGUUUUGUUGCAAAUGUUAAUAAUUAUAACAUAUGAGGAGUUACUUAAAUGGGCUAAGAAGGAGACUGUUAAGGAAAAGAGUGUCUCCAAUGGCGAUGCUCAUGAUAUGAAUGUCAAGCAAUAUAAAAAAUCUAAGCAAGCUAGAGUCGUGUCUUUCAAUCGUACAGCAACAUUUUCUUCAGCAUCUUUCGACGGGUCGCACAGUUCGCCAUCGUCCAUAGCUUUAGCGAUAGCUGAAGCUUUAUGUUCCAUAGAUGAAGACCAUAAACACACAUCCGAAAUAGAAAAUCUUGUUGUACAGAGCAAAAAUAAUUAUAAAAUCAGUGAUAACUUCGGUCUAGAAGAUUUCCCCGAAUUUGCGGAAUUUUUUGAAGAGGGUAACGUCCCGGCUUCAAAUGCAGAGCGUGAAAGUGACGCGGCAGCAUUGACGAGUCAAAUACUUAUGACUUCAGCUGGAAGAGACAGUUUAAGGGUUAUGUACGACCAUCUCCAACUGCACUGUGAGAGGAUAUACAAAGAGUUAAAUAUUCAAGAGCAGUCUGAAGAAGGUAUACCGUUAAAUAAAGCGCCAUUACUGUAUAUCAUGUUUCAUAUCGGUAAACGGCCAUUUGAUCAGUACCUUCAAGGCGAGUGGACAAUGCCCUGGAGUAAAUUGGUUUCGCUCGCCAAAGAAUGGUCGGGCUUAGAAGGUGCUAAAGUACAUAUAAGCAGACGUACAGACAUACGAAAUAUAAAAAGUAGCAAGAAUAAACAACUGUUGGAACUUUAUAAUGUAUUCAAAUCUCCACCUGAAGGUAUACUG